CUAUCGACAAACAAGAAAUGUUCCGAAUGUCUUUGAGGGCUGAGAACUAGUAAAGCGACAAAAAGGAAAGCGAAACAAAGAGGAUCAUGUCUGGAUUUCGGGCCAAGUUUCCCUCAGGAUCGGUUGCCCUCAGCGCCUACAGAGACCAGCACUUCAAGGGAAGUCGAACAGAACAAGAGAAGGCUCUUCUGACAUCUUCCACGCUGUACGUUGGAAACCUGUCAUAUUACACAACAGAAGAACAAAUUCAUGAACUUUUCGGCAAAUGCGGAGACAUCAAAAGAAUCGUCAUGGGUUUAGACAAAGUGAAGAAAACGCCCUGUGGUUUUUGUUUUGUGGAAUAUUACACCAGGGAAGAAGCGGAGUAUGCAAUGAGGUACGUCAACGGGACACGGUUGGAUGACCGCAUCAUUCGUACGGACUGGGACCACGGGUUCAAGGAGGGUCGGCAAUACGGCAGGGGGAAGAGCGGAGGACAGGUUCGAGACGAAUACAGAACCGACUACGACGAGGGGCGGGGAGGAUACGGGAAAAUCAUCGCUACCAAGAUCACCCAGUCCCGCGACCCCAUGUGACCUCCAGACUCGAUGUUGUCAAGGAGACCAGUUGAUUGGAUCGGAUAUGUCUUCUCCUCAGAACUGUCGUUUGGUUUAAAAGAAAUAUCUGACUGUGGGUGGAAGUUCAAAGGGCAACUAAAGGACAGUGACGAGAGAUGUUGGAUUUUUUAAAACUUGAACAUGAUUUGUUUCUGUUAUUUUUAUGAUAUGUGACAGUGGACUGUAAUUUCAUUCAUAUCAUUGAUAAGAUUUUGUAUGAAACAUGCAUGUUCAUGUAUAAUGGAAUCUUGUGUUUUACUUUUAUAGAGAACAGUCUGUUAAUUUUAAUUGUCAACUUGAAAUCAGUACCGGUAGAUCUGAGAGAUCAAGUCCUUUCUUCUAGAAUCCAUCAUAAGAUAUAAUUUGAUCAUUGAUUGUAUUGUAUGUAUUGUAACUACACAGUUGAUAACUUUCCAUUGAACAUGUUUGUUGACCAUUAAUCAUACAUUAUACUCUGUUUCACUGUGAAAAAAAUCCAGUUUUAUGAUGUACUGUGCAGAUAAAUGAAAGACUAUAAAGGAUUUUUUUUUAAA